AACUUUUUCCAAAAGUACCGCCUGUGGACAUCAAUUACACACGUAAUGAAUUCACGGGAGCACAAGAACCAACUAAUUUUUUGGGUUCUUGCAUUCAUUACAGAUUCAUUGCACAGAACCGCUCUUAGGGCAAUCCACCUGUCCCUCCGGUACAAAAGUUAUCUGAGCUUUUUAUGCAAUUCUUCAGCAAAUAACAAAAUCAAUGCUUUCUGUUGUCCAAUUAGCGCAAAUCCGUGCAAGGAAACAGAGUAAUUAAAGAGAUAACACAGCCAUUGAUGGAAUGUUUAUUAACUACUAUUUUGUGCGGCCAUUAAUGAAAGAAUUUUAUUUUUAGGGUACAUACAGUGACUGCGACUCCUAACAGAUAAAGCCUCCCUCGCAUAUUGUCUUUUCGGCCAUUAAUGGAAAGUGUACAUUCCCAAACGUGGAAGGUGCAGAUUCAAUCCGGAGAGCUUGGAAUGCAAUUUGUAGAGCAAUUUCAGACAAAUUAGCAAUUAUAUCUUUCGGAUACCCUGCGAAAGAGAUAAAACCUACCUAAAAUAGCAUCUACUUUUUGUAUCUUAUCAUUUGAGUGAACACGUAUGGCUGGAUUUGAGAGGUUUGAGAUCAUAACCAGAGCACGGCUCAGUCGCUUUUCCUUGCAGGUAAAGUUUUUGAGACUUGAAAUGGGGAGAGAAAGAAUAGAACUGAAGAAAAUAGAGAAAGCAGCAGCGAGGCAUGUCACUUUCUCGAAACGGAGGAAGGGUUUGAUAAAAAAGGCGAAGGAGCUUGCCGUUCUGUGCGACGCCGAUGUCGGGCUAAUCAUUUUUUCUGCAACGGGAAGGCUCUUCGAGGACUCCAAUUCCAGCAUGAAGAUGAUCUUGACGAAGUAUUCUAAAAGCUUUACUGGAAUUUUAAAUAUUGAGGUUGAUAAUCAAGACCUCGGAAGGAUAAAACAAGAAAUGGAAAAUAUUAACUAUAAUUUGAGGCAUAUGGAUGGAGAGGACCUACAAGGGCUAACCAUAAAAGAGAUUCAAUUCCUAGAACAAAUGUUGGAAGUUGGGUUGCAUAGAAUUCGAUCAACAAAGCAGGGAAAGCAACUUGAAGAGGAGAAUGCUAGACUUCGCCUGGAGGUUGAGCAGUUGAAACAGCGUUUCAAUUUGGAGAAUAACUCUGCAGUGGAAUCUUUGUUGAUUGAGCCUUUGGAAACUCGUCACCAUUCUCAGUCACCUGAAAGUAUACAUAAUUCUUACACUCCCACGAGCCAACACAAAACAGGCAUUCAACACAAUGAAGCUUUAGAUGCUUCCUUGCAAUUGAGGUUGUCCAUUUGAUACCUGGUUUGGUAUUCACUCACGAAGCAAAUUUGAUGGUGACUGUUUAUAUGGACGUGCUAACCAUGUAGAGGGGCAAGGCGUACUGAAGGGGGGGAUGUGGGCAGGAGGGAAAGAGAAUAUGAUUUUAUGGGAAAUUUCUGUCAAGUGUAGAGAGAAAAGAAACAACCAAGUGUGAUUAUGCGUGAACAUAUGAUUUUGUGUAGGCUAAUUCAUGACUCUCAUGGUGUCAAGUCAAAGUUGUUAUUGUCACUGGCAUGUAUGAACAUGGUCUAUUUUAGUGGUAUGAAUGUGGGCUACUGAUAAGUAAGAGUAUAGAUUAAAAUGUUGAUUUUGAAGUUUAUAGUUGAUAUU